CCAUGUUCUCUCCCCCCGCUGCGUCUCUUCCUGCCGCCGCCAUGUCGGAUCGCGGUGGUUGCGGCUCCAUGACUCUGAGCGAGGUGCAGCAGCUGGUGCGGCGCAAGGACGAGCUGGAGGCGCAGAUCCGGGCGUGUUACCAGCUGCUGGACGAUCAAAAGGGCGUGGGCAUGGACGGGCCGCUGGUGGACAGCGAGGGAUUCCCCAGGGCCGACAUCGACCUGUACCAAGUGCGAACAGCCCGGCACAACAUCGCGUGUCUGCAGAACGACCACAAGGCGCUGAUGAAGCAGGUGGAGGAGGCUCUGCACCAGCUGCACGCCCGCGAGAAGGAGAAACACGCCAGGGAUGAGGCGGAGGCGCGAGCUGAGGCCAUGAGCCAAAAUCUGCCAACUGCCUUUGCCAAAGUCAACGUGGUGACACCAGAGUCACCCGCCAGCAUCGCGGGUCUGCAGGUUGAUGAUGAGAUUGUGGAGUUUGGUUCUGUCAAUGCAAACAACUUCAAGAGCCUGCAGAACAUCGCCACAGUAGUACAGCAUAGUGAAGGGAGACCUCUGAGUGUGACUGUGAUCCGCAAUGGCAAGCAAGUGCACCUGGGGCUGACUCCGAAGCGCUGGGCUGGGAAGGGCCUGCUGGGCUGCAAUAUCACUCCAUUGCAAAGAUGACCACUGCUGGGAAGACAAUAAAGAUGAAGCUUGUGCCUGCUUUCUGGACUCUGAUUUGAUUUGAAAGCUUGCCCUGUGACCUUUGUUUUUGCUGAAAUGGGUGUUUCAGGGGCUGUGACCUCUGGGUGGCUGAGCUUGCAGGGUCUGAAGAGGUUCUGAUGGAGCAGGACCUUAAUGCAGUUGGAAUUGCGCUGGUUUGUGAGGAGCAACUCACAGAGUUGCAGGAAGUGGCUUCUCAUCUCUUUGUGCCUUGCGUCAGUUUGGAGUAAGGCUGCAGUGUAACUUGGAUUUCACUUGAUACAGAUUGGGAAGAACAUAAAGUGCUUUUACUUGGUGACAACGUGGCAUUCCUUCAUUUUUUCCUUGAAAUUCCUCAUUUGAACAUCCUGUAAAGCAGGAUACAAAGACCUGGAACAAUUUUUCCUUCUUUAACUUAGUAGAACACACUCAAGAAACACACAGAUCUGUUACUUUAACUCUCAUGUGUUCAUAGCUGCUGGAAAUCACCAAAUAAGAGAGCAAUUUUGGAGUACCUAAUUAUUUUAUUAUGUUAAUUGUUAAUUGGGGGGAUUGUUCCUGUUUGUAAGGUUGUUUCCAGUUGAACUUUGAAGUAUUCAUCCCGAUGAAUAAAGCUGAGUGGUGUCUCUCUC